AUGUUUGAUAGCAAGUCAUUCUCCGAGCGCGAGCCCAAUGCGUUCGAUGAGGAGUCAUCGGAUGGUCUCUUUGACUCCGACGGCGAAGCGGCAGGGCCUGAUGCCGAGGGUGGGAGUGAUACCGAUGUUGAGAUACUCGGUGAAGGGCCCAGCUCCAUUCCAACACACGACGUCGGGAAGGGGCUAAUGACCGCUCCGGUGCCGUUGUCCAUAGUCUAUAGUGACGGCCGCCACGUGGGCCUCGGUAUGCCUGGGGAGGCGAGCGGUAGUCGCCAGUCAGAGACCUCCACUUCCGGUCGUGGAGAGUCGGCGGUUGAACCAUCCUCUGGGCCGAGGGUGUCGGUAGUGUACCCCAGCAACCCUAGGGUACCCAUGGGGGUGCCAAAGGAAAAUUUGUUCGGCGUCGACUAUCUCGGGCCGGACAAGAUUACCGAGCGGGAGAUUGCCAAAUUUCGAGCGGAAUACCGCAUCCCCGAUUCGGUACGGAUGAGGAUCCCGGGCCCUACCGAAUCCCUCAGCAAGCCGAAGGACGGCGAGGUAGUUUUCUUUACCGACGUCCUUGUGCAAGGCGUUCGAUUGCCGUUGCAGCCGGCGGUACAAAGGAUCCUGGCCCAGAUCGGCUACGGCCUUCGGUAUGGCCGGUGA